CCCACAACGCAGCCGCCCCUGCCGCGGCCCCGCUGCGUCGCUCCCUGGCUGCGAUCGUCGUCUGCUCUUGGGCUCUCAGCGCAACCCUGUUGAUCGAUCGCUUCCCUCCUGCCGCUCCCGCCGCGAUCACGAUGUUCCGUCUUGUCCAUGCCCGGAGCCGCCUGCUCCACUCGGCCUCGUAUGCCGGUCUGUCGCAGAGAUUCGCUCGGCAAUAUGCAACUGCCAAUGCUGCCGACGUCUCUUCGCGCAAACCUCUGUUCGACAAGAUCCUGAUCGCCAACAGAGGCGAAAUCGCAUGCCGUGUGAUGAAGACGGCCAGAAAGCUCGGCAUCAAGACCGUGGCCGUCUACAGCGAAGCCGACCGAAACUCGAUGCAUGUCCAGAUGGCCGAUGAAGCCUAUCUGAUCGGCCCCGCGACCUCCUCAGAGAGUUACCUGCGAAUGGACAAGAUCAUUGACGUGGCCAGGAAGAGCAACGCCCAGGCCAUCCAUCCAGGCUAUGGCUUCCUUUCCGAGAACGCCGAGUUUGCUAAAAAGGUCGAGGAGGCCAGCCUCGUCUUCAUCGGCCCACCUCCCCAGGCCAUCAUCGACAUGGGAUCCAAGAGCGAGUCCAAGAUCAUCAUGACCCGCGCCAACGUUCCCGUCGUGCCUGGCUAUCACGGCGAGAACCAGUCUGCGGAGCACCUCAAGAAGGAAGCCGAUCAAAUCGGAUACCCCGUCCUGAUCAAGGCCAUCAAGGGCGGCGGUGGAAAGGGCAUGCGCAUUGUCGAGAAGGCCGAGGACUUUGAUACCAUGCUCGAGUCGGCUCGUCGCGAGGCCAUCAAAUCCUUUGGCGACGACCAGGUCCUUGUCGAAAAGUACAUCCUCCGUCCCCGCCACAUCGAAGUCCAGGUUUUUGCCGACAAGGGUGGAGAGGCCGUCUAUCUGUUCGAGCGAGACUGCAGUGUCCAGCGCCGCCACCAAAAGGUUCUGGAGGAGGCCCCUGCUCCCGGCCUGACUCCCGAGCUCCGCCAUUCUCUUGGCACCAAGGCCGUUGCUGCUGCCAAGGCCGUCAACUAUGUCGGCGCCGGCACCGUCGAGUUCAUCUUUGACACCGACACCAAUGAGUUCUACUUUAUGGAGAUGAACACCCGCCUCCAAGUCGAGCACCCCGUCACCGAGAUGGUCACGGCCACCGACUUGGUGCACUGGCAGUUGGAUGUCGCCGCCGGCAACCCCCUGCCCCUCAACCAGGAACAGCUUCGUCUCGAUGGCCACGCCUUCGAGGCCCGUAUUUAUGCCGAGAAUCCCGCCAACAACUUCCUGCCCGACACUGGGCCACUCAUCCACAUGAAAACUCCAGUCCCGAGCGAUAGUCUCCGUGCCGAAACGGGUGUUCGCCAAGGAGACCAAGUCAGCGUCUACUAUGAUCCUAUGAUCUCCAAGCUGGUCGUCCGCGGACAGGAUCGCACCGAAGCCCUGCGCGCUCUUCGAAAGGCGCUGGAUGAGUUUGAGGUUGUCGGCCUGAACACCAACAUCGACUUCCUCAAGUCCCUGGCCUCGCAUCCCGCAUUCAUCAGUGGCGAUGUCGACACUGGAUUCAUCAAGAAACACGAGUCGGCACUCUUCAAGCCACAGGACCCCGCUUCCCCCGUUGUGCUGACCCAGGCUGCGUUGUCCUUCGUCGCCAAGGCACUGCUCCGCGAGCAAGCUCAGCGCGCCAUGACUUCUGAUCCCUUCUCCCCUUGGGGCACCCUUGCGGGACAGCGUCUGAACCACACCCACACCAAGAAGCUCACUUUCCUCGAGGGCGAAAAGGAGGUCGUUGUCGAGUUUGAGUAUCUCACCGGCAACGAAUACAACGUCGAGGUGACAGAUUCGACCGGCGCCAAGACCACGCUGACGAAUGUCCGUCUCGAGCUGAACGACACACGCGAGACGCUGCUGGUUGCCCACAUUGGCGACCGCAAGAUCCAAAGCACCGUGGUGCAGAACGGCAGCGAGGUGGUUGUCUUCCUGGAUGGCACCAAGCGAACCUUUGCCGUCCCAGAGGUCGAGUACGACGACGACCACCACAAGCACGACACUGGUGGUGUGCGCACCCCGAUGCCGUGCAAGAUUUCUCAGAUCAACGUCCAGCCUGGACAAAAGGUUGUCAAGGGCCAGCCGCUGGUUGUGCUGGAAGCCAUGAAGAUGGAGCAUGUCAUCAAGUCGCCCCAGGACGGUGUCAUAAAGAAGAUCCACUUCAGCGUCGGUGAUCUCGUAGGCGAAAAGAAGUCGCUUCUCAGCUUCGAGGACAGCGAGACCCGCGACUCGUAACCAGUUUGCAGGGAGCGAAGCAGUUGUCUGCGUCAGGACUCUCCGAAAUACAGUGACUUUCUCAACAA